GGUGUCGUCAGUACGCCCGGUGGUUUAAACAUAUCAUACUACACAAGUCGUAAACUAUUAAGUAUUGGCAUACUUUUGAUAAGCUUUUGGUCACUCUGAACUCUGAAGAUAACACGUUUGAACAGUAAAAUUGUCUAAAUAUGUAAGAAAAAAUUGAAUAUUUUAUCGUGAAAUGUGUAAAUUAAUGUUGUUGCCGCAAAAUAAUUACACGCGCAAACGAUUCCGGCCAUAUUAUCAAGGUCCGUGCUGUCGUCAUCACUGAUAUUUCUAUACGACCGCGGUCGGUGACGCCGUUACGCCAUCCAUGUUAUCGGCCUACUACGGUCAGUUUUAUGCAUAUACCGUAAUGAGCCACAGCUUUUUCAUCGUCAAAUAGUCCUUCACCGUCGUCAAGUGCUCGUGCCACACACGUUUUAAUAUAAUAUGUCGUGUGCAAUCCGUUCCGGAUAGAUCAUCGUGUUGAUGUGCAGCGUUUUAGCGUUCAUGACCGUCGGCAUCAGCAAUGCGUCAGUGUAUCAUAGUAUAAUAAUGUACUGUAGUAGGUACUUAUUCAAAUUAGUGGAAUCAUAAUCACUGAUCGGUGUUAAAACUAGUUAGUACUUGACAGUUCCAUUUUGAAUUCCAUCGCUGUCAAAACUGAAGUUAACUACAAAACAAAAUAGGAGCCCGAUGUGGCCCAGUGGUUGGCCGCAGUGACUUCUGUAUGCUGCAGUCCAAGCAUCGUUCGGCUUCAGUAGCACCCGGAUGGGUUACCACCCGGGUUUCUAGCGACGAAUUCUCGCCCCACAUACACACGUGUUCCUCAACCAACCAAUAGUAAUUCUCCCCACGAAAUGCUAAUUGCCAUAGUUGAAGAUAGUUUAGAGUUUAAAAACAAUAAGAGAAAAAAAAUAUCUUCAUUUUAGAUUCAGAGCGGAGCGAUUCAUAGAUUCUACAACGAUGCGUCAAUAAACGUGAAAAUGUAAUACAAUGCUCUUGAUAUAUUGUUACAAGUUUACAACAGCAGUUGAAAAAUAUUAAAAAUAUAUAUCCGCAAAAUUUUUUUAUAAGCAUUUAAAAUUCGAAUUUUGACAAAGUGUAUCAAAUUUAAAAUUUAAAAAUCUUUAAAAGGUCCAACUCUUAUAGCUAAGGAUUGAAAAUUCCACGUAAUUAUUUUUCGUACAAAUUUGGAUGAAAUUAGAUUUAUAAACGAAGAAGUAGAGAUGUGAGUGCUGUACAUUUACCAGGAGUUAUGUCCGUAAAAGAGAUGGAUUCCGUAAAACAUGUUAUACCACGGACAAGUGGCCUAAAGAAAGUACUGAAAUCCAACGGAUGUAAGCCUACAUUAUAUACAAACAGCUGUCAUACUCACGGUUUCUUUGAAUUCCUACAAUAUUUACGAAAUGAAAAAACGUUAUGUGAUGUAAAGUUAGAAACAGAUGACGGUGUAAUUGUGUGUGCACAUAAAGUUGUCUUAGUUUCAGCAUGUACAUAUUUCCGUUCAAUGUUCACCAGUUUUGCCGAAGGGGAUAAAUAUGUUGUAAAUAUAAGAGAUAUAGAUUCAAACAUUUUACAACUGUUGAUUGAUUAUAUUUAUACUUUCAAAAUAAUGGUGACCGAACAAAACGUAAUGGGUUUGUUACCAGCUGCUAUAUUCUUACAGUUGGAUUAUGUAAAAGGUGUAUGUGUUAAGUUUUUACAAAAACAAAUGAAUACUUCAAAUUGUCUUGGUAUUAAAGAAUUUGCUGACUUUUAUAACUGUAUGGAAUUGUUGUCAAGUUCUGAAGAAUACAUAAAAACACAUUUUUCAAAAUUUGUUGAAACAGAUGAGUUUCUAUCUAUGUCUUCUGAAGAAGUGAUUAAUCUAAUCUCCCGUGAUGACAUUAACGUUCCAUUUGAAGAAAAAAUAUUUGAAUGUGUUAUUAAUUGGGUAAAACAUGAAUUAGAUAGUAGAAAUGACAGUUUGCCUAAAUUAAUGGAACAUGUUCGUUUGUCAUUAGCACCCGAAGAGUAUAUAUCAAAAAAUGUAGUUGAUGAACCUCUUAUUAAAAAUAAUCUUAAAUGUAAAGAUUUUGUCAUUGAGGCUUUAAAUUUCCAUAUCAUAAAGAAACAUCGGCGCAUUACUAUACCACACACAAUUCGUAAUUCACCUAGACAGACUGGACUUAAAUUUCUUCUUGCCAUGUCAUCUAGGUUUGGGAAGUGUGAUACAGGCUGGUAUGAUCCAGCAACCAAACUAUUGCAUAGAACAAAAAAAAUGAAAAUAGGAUUUAAUUUAUGUGCUCUUGCCUUAAUAAAGGAUCAUUUAGUUUUUGCCUUGAAUUGCAAUGAACCUAAUUUAAUAUCAACUAAAAUGCUGGAUUUAUCUUCACGAUCACUUCAAUGGAAACCAUCUGUUGACAUGUUAGUCGAUCGAAAUAGUUUUGGGAUUGGUGUCUUAAAUGAUCUUAUAUAUGCUGUUGGUGGAAUUACUGAUUUGACCAUAUUAAAUGCUGCAGAAGUUUUUGACGUGAGUGUUCAAGAAUGGCGAUUAAUAGCUAGUAUGUCUACUGAGAGAAUGGACCCCGGUGUUGGAGUACUCAAUAAUCUUUUAUACGUGGUAGGAGGUUACAAUAACGGAUUUUCUUUGAAAUCUGUUGAAUGUUAUGAUCCCACCCUUGAUAUAUGGACACCAGUCACACAAAUGUCUACAAGUCGUCGAAAACAUGGUAUAGGAAUCUUAGACGGUGUAAUGUAUGCUAUUGGUGGUAGUGAUCAGGAAAAUGAUAAAAGGGUAUAUCUUAAAAGUGUUGAGGCCUAUAAACCAAUUACUAAAGUAUGGUCUUCAAUUGCCGAUAUGCACCUAUGCCGUUCCGAUCCAAGAGUUGUCACAUUUAAUGGUUUGUUGUAUGUUAUGGGCGGAUUCGAUGGAUCCACUCGUUUGAACUCUGUCGAAAUAUACGACCCCAAUAACAACACGUGGACUAUGGAACUAUUUCCAAAAUGUGUAGAGGUAAUUAAAGGUGCAGUAGUCAUUGAUAUGCCAUCACAUUUGAGAACUUAUUAGCUUCUACAUGUUCCCAUUGUUGGUUGUUGUACAUUAUAUUCAUAUUAAUUUAUAAUACAUGAAUAUAAUAUGUUAAGUAUUUUAUACAUUUUGAAUUUGUUAUUGUUUAAAUAAAAUUGUUUUUAAUAAAUUUAGUUGACUAUUAUAUUAUUAUCUCUCAGUAAACUUCUGAAUAUAUCAUCCACAUAUUUUUUUUAAAUAUUCUACUUAAAAUAAGGUUAAUUUAUUUGCAGAGUAGGUAAUAGUGUAAUACUAUACAGUUGACAGCAGUAUGACAAAAUUUUAUUUUUUAAACAUAUUUUCAUAAUUUUACA